AUGGUCGCGCUUCCGAGGACUCUUGCAAUUUUGCUUUCAGCCCUGAGCACAGCAAAUGCGGAGAAGGCUCACUAUUGGGGCCCAAGCGAGUGGAAGGGCCUCGUCACAUUUGGAAAUAGCUAUACCGACGAUUCCCGGCUUGGAUAUUUCUCGAGUAACGAUGGGACGGCACCACAGGUUGGUUGGAAACAGCCCGUUAGCAAUGACUCGGCAUCUGGAGGGUAUACCUGGGGACACUUUGCGUCGCAAAUAGCGAAUCUGACUCGUUAUAAUUAUGCCGUGUCAGGGGCUGUGUGCUCGAACGAGAUUACACCGCGGACAUUCGACGCCAUCAAUGCCCCGUUUCCUUCGGUUCUGGAAUAUGAGAUCCCUGCGUAUAUUGCGGAUAGCGAAUACACCGAGCCAAAUGGGAAUGAGUUUAUCAAUAUCGGGCCGAAUGAGACCGUCUAUGCUAUAUGGAUUGGAACGAAUGAUGUGGGUAACAAUGCUUUUCUCACGGACUCCCAGGUCAAAGGGGCUGUUAUUCCAGACUUUAUCGAGUGUGUCUAUGAAGCCCUGGACGCGGUGUACGCCAAUGGAGGCCGACACUUUGUGAUCAUGAACCUGGCGCCGUUGCAGCUGGCUCCACAGUAUGCGACUUAUGAGAACGGUGGGCUGAACUCAACAAGCGGAUACCCCGAUAAGGGGGCCAAUAUCACGGAGAUUAGCUAUCGGAUGUGGGAGACUGUGGUUACAGUCAACGAUGUGUUCCAUUACAAGACGGCGUAUGAGUCGAGAAUUGCAAAUCGGUACCCGGGGGCGCAGCUUGCGGUGAUGGAUAUGUAUGGCUUGAUCUCCGAUAUUUGGCAUAAUCCAACCGAAUAUCUGGCAUCGCCGAGCAAUGUCACCGGAUUCGUAAAGCACUGCGAUGAGACGACUGGGGACUGCGAGCGGCUUCCGAACGAGGCGGCCUUUCUUUGGUUUGAUGAAUUACACCCUUCUGAGCGUGUUGACAAGGUUAUCGGGAGAGAAUUUGUGAAUCUUGUUUCAGGCAACAACAGCCGGUGGGCAGCGUACUGGUAG